GGGUUUGGGGCCUUAGCGAGGGUAUUCUGGUGCUGGAGGCCCGGGUCUUGGUGAAGGCCAUCCGUAGGCUCGCCAGGAGUCAGGACUUCAAGCUUCUGGUCCAGAUUCGACGCUUCAACGCUUACGCUCUUGCCCUUGGCAUCGCCCCAUAUUUUAGAUGGAUCCCUUCGGAGUUUAACCAGAGCGAUGCCGGGAGCCGCGAUCACUCGGAAGUCUCGUCCAAAUUGCUAACCGAUGUCCUGGAUCAGCAGGACCUCGCUCCCGCGGCCUCCGCUGGCGACGACGAGGCGGGCGCCGAGGGAGAGGGCGAGUCGAACGGGCCCGACAACGUGGUGAACCGUGCGACGGCGGCUCCGAGGAGAUCUCGCCGCCUCCAGGACUCCCGGCGCCAACGCCACGCGGCCCUCCACACGGACAUGUUCAUGCAGGCCGUUGUCGGGGGGCCCGCGUUGCUGGAGCGUCUGGCGGUGUCUCGCCGGGCGAGGGAACGCUACGCCAAUUAUCUCGAUCGUUCUUAUUCGCGUGCCGACCCGACCAACGACAAGCUUAUGAGGGGCGCGAACGAGGCCGUGGACUGCUGGGCGUGCGACUACUUCAACGCGAUGUACCCGUCCGAGGAGCAGAGCGGCCUGGAGGACCAGACUGGAACUGCCCUGGUGGACCGGCGCCCAGCUUUCGACCAGCGGGGCGGGGGAGCCCCGCCGCGGACGUGGCGAGCGCUGGAGGCGUGGAGACGACGGGCGCCCCCGCGGACCCGCCGAGCACUGCCGUUCGCGGACAAGGGCCUCCCGCUCAUGGCUCUGUUCUUAGCGCCCGAAGUGAGCGGAGACCGGCCAAUGCUGUGGCCUUUCGCGUACCUAGAGCCUUCAGAGGCGGUGCAGCUGGCGGCGGCCGAGGGCGGGGUCGACAGGCUGACCCUGUGCCACCUCCGCCGCUCAGGCCGGUAUGUAGCGGACUUUUUUGCCGGGAGCCGGUGCAUCUCGCGAGCAGGAGAUAAGCUAGGCUUCAG